UCCGACACUAUUGAUAAUGUCAAGCAAAAGAUCCAAGAUAAGGAAGGUAUUCCCCCAGACCAACAACGUCUUAUCUUCGCCGGUAAGCAACUCGAAGAUGGUCGUUCUUUAAGUGAUUACAACAUCCAAAAGGAAUCUACCCUUCAUUUGGUCCUCCGUCUUCGUGGUGGUAUCAUUGAGCCCUCUCUUAAGGCUUUAGCUUCCAAGUACAACUGUGAGAAGAUGAUCUGUCGUAAGUGUUAUGCUCGUCUUCCUCCUCGUGCCACCAACUGUCGUAAGAAGAAGUGUGGUCGUACCAACCAACUCCGUCCCAAGAAGAAGUUGAAGUAAACUAUUCGUUUUCUUUACUACUACCUCUUUUUUUUUUAUUA